AUGGGAGCUGCACCUGAUCGUGGCUUGGACAUGUCGAGGGCACUGAGUGACGGGCAGUGCAACCUGGUGCAACUCACCUCUGAGGUUAAGCGAGUGAAGAGGCACGAUAAGGACGGCAAGCCGCUGCUCGUGCCGGAGUGGCCGGAGCGAAGCUGGGAGACCAGGACCUUCGGGAAUAUGGAGAUCGCGAGGGACGACCUAGCCUUGCUGUGGGAGUUGCCCGCCGAAGGAAAGCCGGUAGAGGAGGCCCUGAGCCCGGCGCGUGCUCUUGAGCAUCUGGACUGCUUGCUGGCGUACCACGGCCUAGACUACAUCGAAUCUUUCGUCAUGGAGAUCCCAUGGAACACUGGAGGGGAGGAUGUCGUAAACGACUACCGACGGUUCACGGGCGAAGCCGUAAGGCUGGCCAUGACGGAGUUUGUGGAACUGGCGGGGGACAAGGUCAAGACCAUUGGAUUCUCGUGGAAGGGAAACCCUCACAAGCCCCACCCCGGACGAGCACCAGAUAGCCCCCUCUCAGACAUCAUCGAGCUCAGGGACCUCCUCACCCCGAGCAAGCCCGUCGUGGCCAUGUUCCCCGUGGGAGUGGGAUGCGGCGCAACCGUUGACGGUCUGGCCGCGGAGAGUGGCAGUGGUCUGUUUGGCUUGCCUGAGAACGCGGGGGUCUUCCAGAUCGGCACCAACGUGACGCACGCAAGACGUCCAGAUGGCCGCCCUUUCAGGCUUGUGGACGUCCAACCCAGGCCUGUAGAGGACAUCGUGUCUGACCUGAAGUCCAAGUUCGGCAUGGCACUUCACAUGGAAGUGGAGUACUCGAGGCGAUUCGAGGGAAGUCAGCGUGGGACGGAGACGGAACAGAGCGGGGACAGCAGCGGUGAUGAUGAGGAAGGGGCCGGCAGUGAAGAAUCCCGAUCGCCUCUUCCGCCGAAGGCUGACGUCAGCUGGGCGCACAUCCUGGCGCAAAACCAGCACAAGCUCCAGGGGCUAGAUGAGUGGGAAACCAUCCGUGAUAGUCAGAUCAAGCCGUCGGUGAUGCGAGCGUUAGACACGUUGCGAAUAAGAGGAGAGGCGGAGGGCGAGUGGGGGUUUCUGUACCGAUCAACACUGGGAUCGCUCAUGACGGGACUAUCGGAGGUCAUGGAGGUGAAAAAAUCCCACCAGCUUGGGGAGGUCGCUGCCUUGAUGGACGACCUGGCGCCUUCCCUGCGGGAGGCAUCACGAGGGGUCGCCCAAGCCGGGGGGGCGGGGAACAGCAGCAGGAGCGGGGAUGGUUCAGGUGCCGGUUCGGCGGUAGAAGGUGAAACCGUCGUCGGGCGGUGUACGGCGGCGGCGUUGUCGACGGGGGUCGACUGCGUGCUGGACGAGGAGUUCUCGGCUUCGAGGAAUGCGGCGAGAGUCACGGGAUUUGGACGGGUUCCGCACGACGAAUUAAAGAAGCUUUACUCAGGCUUCCGGCUUCCGGCAGAUGCCCCACCAACAUCGGAACAAUAG